AAACCAUCACUUCCAUCUGCAGCAUGACUCUGACAGUGUCUCAGGGUGAAGGACUGACGGUCAUCACCGUCACCUCAAACCCAAAGAGCAAAUGGCCCGUACUGUGUCAGAUUCUGGGUUCUCUCUGCUACAGUCCAGUGUGUUCUGUAUCUCAGGGAAUGAAAGGGAAGCUGAAAGAUGUCCACACAGCUUUGGGAACUGUGCAGAUGAUAAUUGGUGUCCUCAAUAUUGUGGCUGGUAUUCUGCUUAAAUGCCUCGGGUCAUGGUUUGUCAUGGAAAGAAUAGGCCAGGGACCCUUUUGGCUUGGAAGUUUGUUCCUUGUAGUUGGAAUUGUGUGCAUUCUUACAGCGAAGUUUCCCUCUUCUUGUCUGCUGACAAUUGGGAUACUUUUAAAUGUAGUCGGUGCUGCAUUGGCUAUCACAGCUGUUGUGCUGUAUUCAGUGGACCUUGCGAAUGAUAAUACAUAUGAAAACUGUGAAACCAGCCGUUAUUAUUAUUCACGCUAUGAUCGAUAUCGUUAUGACGAAACACCUUCCCCUGAAGAUGGUAGGAUAAAAGAGAUGUGUCUGUACUACAAGGAUCUUCAGGAGAUUUUCUACAGAGGACUAGAUAUCAUGAUGAUAGUGCUAGCAGUCCUUCAGCUCUGUGUGACCAUCAGUUUCUGUGUUUUGACUGGGAGAGCUUUGUGCAAAAAGGAUGAAGAUGUAAAGUCGGUGGAGGAUCCAGAACUUCACAAGCCACUCCUGGAAGACGUCACUGCUGUUGCUGUGUGACAAGAUAAACUCUCAUCUCAUCAAAAUCAUCUCUACUCUUUGUGCUUGUAAUGCAGUGGCACUUUGUGUCUCAAUAUUGUAGUGAAAUGAUUUAAAGCAGAUCUCCUCCAUAUUCAACACUGUUAAAUUGCAUGUUGAUUUACACUUGUUUUUUUCCUUUUACAAAAGUGUCAUCGUUGAUCUUUCUCUCUCUUCAUGUGGAUAAGUGGGUGUUACUUUUUAUUGCCUUUUUAAAUUGUGUUGUGAUCUUUGGAAUUGCUUGUUUAAAAAUAAAUGACUGCAGCACUUUGG